AUGCUCUUAACCAAAACGUUCUCGUCUUUUACUAUCGAACCUAUUACAGAGGUAGUCGUUAUCGAAUACAAGGUAAUACAGGAGCGCACCUUAAAGCAGCCCAUCGAGAAUUCCAAUAUUAAAAACCGAUUAGCUGAAACUCAAAAAGCCAAUGAAGUACUUAAACGUAUGUUAUCGCACAUGCCGACAGUGAAAGUAAAACAUAAACUUGUUGUGCAACAGCGUAUUAAUCGUCAAAUGGCCAAAAAGCUAAAAACUCUGGCGGCGGAAAGAUCCCUUGAUGAGGUCGAACUAAAUGUUCGGCAAUGUACUCUUAAAAAAUAUGUAGAACAACUUAAUGGGAUGAGGGAAUUGGCUCUCACAUAUGCCACAAACACAGAUGGUGUUGAAAUUGGAAAUAAUAUAUUAAUGGCAAAUGAUGAAGAAAUUAAGAUUAUGACCAUCGAGAAACAGAAUUUCAUAGAAUCUGAUCCAUACUCUGAAGCUG